AAGCCCAAAUUCCCACCCAUUACAUUUCCCGUUCCACCCAUGACCCAUUACUCCUUUCUGAUUAGGGUUAGAGAACGGAGACCAAAAUCUUUCAAUUUUCACGCUGCCUCACUCAACAGUCGACACUCGGUUUUAGUGCUUCUCUCUCAAGUCUCAAUAUUCAGAAUUUUUGCUCAAUUUUUGCUUAAAUCUCAGUAUUGAAGCUCAAAUUUUGCUGAUAUUCUGUAGAGACCAAAGAAGAUUUUUUGCUUUUGCUCUCAACAGAUCUGGGGAAGUAUGGGCCGCAAAGCUGGCACCCUAUAUAUUAACCCAAGGAACUUUGGAAGCCUCCAAAAACCUUGCGCGAAAGAAAUGGUCUCAUUUCUUAAUUGUUUGACUUUAAAUCACAACAAGGACGAGAAAUGUGGCAGGCAAAAGUCACUAUUGAGUACCUGCAUGCAAGCUCAGAGUGGCAAAAACAGAAAGCCCUGGGGUAGCAUCAAUUAUCACCUGCAAAGGCUUAACAGGGGAAGGAAGUGACUUGGAUUGAGUUGCAUCUGCAUUACUUGCACCGUCAGAGUGGUGGCAGUUGGGUAUGUUUUGAAAUUAGUUACAGAGAUGGUUUCUCCAAUUUCUCAAUGAACAUCUUUCCGAGAUAGUCUGUGAUCUUUGAUUAAUAGCAUGAAUGCAGACUCAAGAAGCAGUUGAAAACAUUAUUUAUUUUCUAUUUUAAUGUGCGGAUCUUUUGACGACUUACGACUGGCAGCUUUAGAAAGUUGUAUCCAAUUUUUUCUCUAUUCGUCUCAUAAAAGUGCAAAAACUUCUGGUGCA